AUGGCCAUGGCCGUCUCCACGUCUCUCUCCUCGACCCAAAUAUUUACCCCUUCGCACUUCUGCUCUCAGCACGUUGCUCAUUUCUUCCUUUCAUUCCUCACCCCAUCGACGAAUCCUCUCUUCGAAAGAAGUUACUCUCGCGACCCAGACGCCUUCCCCACUGUCCAGCUCUUCCUCCUGGCUAUUGUCCGACUUGCGGAACCCAUUGCCCUCACCUCCAUUUUCCCCUACGCCUGGGAGCUCGUCAAGAGGUACGAGGUAGGAAACGAGGAAGAUGCAUCCUUCUACGCGGGCCUGCUCAUCUCGGCCUUCUCCCUGGCGGAGGCCCUGAUGGGCAUGUACUGGGGCGGCCUCUCUGACAAGAUUGGCCGCAAGCCUGUUCUCCUCCUCGGCUGCAUCGGCACCAUGUUCAGCUUGGUCAUGGUCGGCUUUGCGUCGAACAUCUGGCUCGCCCUCAUCGGACGGGCCCUCGGCGGUCUCCUCAACGGCAACAUUGGCGUCAUCCAGACCAUGGUUGGUGAAAUGGUCAAGAAGCCUGAACAUGAGCCCCGCGCCUACUCGGUCAUGCCCUUUGUCUGGUCCAUCGGCACCAUCCUGGGCCCCUUUAUUGGCGGCACCAUGGCCGACCCUCACAAGUCGUGGCCCGAGGCCUUCCCUGUCGGCAGUCUCUUCUACAACUUCCCCUACCUGCUGCCGAACCUCGUCUGCGCCGCGCUUCUCUUCGUCAGCAUUGUGCUCGGCUGGUUCCUCCUCCAGGAGACCCACCCUGACAUGCAGUCUGCGUCGUCGGUGGCGCCGAGCACGUUUGUGUCGGAGGAGACGCCGCUGCUCGCCACGACGGACGCCAUGAAGAGGCCGGCCCGCAUCAUGACGCUCGUCGUGGCGCUGUGCAUCUUCACGUACCACUCGAUGACGUACGACCACCUGAUGCCCAUCUUUUUCGAGGACGACCGGGCCGACAGCGGCAGCAUGAGCCUCUUCUCCGCGGCGGCGUCGUCCGUCGCCGGUAGCCUCGGCGCUGGCGGUCUCGGCAUGACGACCAGGGCCGUCGGCAUGAUCAUGGGGGUCAACGGUGUGAUUGCGCUCUUUGUGCAGGCCGUCAUUUUCCCCCUCGCUGCGCAGAAGUUUGGUGUGUACAGGCUGUUCAUUGCGGUGACGGUGCUCCACCCCAUCGCCUACGUGCUCGUGCCGAACCUGCUGCUCGUGCCCGAGGCCAUGGUGUACCCGGCGAUUUACUUCUGCCUCGCGGUGCGCAACGUGCUGUCGAUCAUCCUCUACCCGCUCCUCCUCAUCCUCAUCAAGGAGGCGGCGCCGUCGCCCAAGGCGCUCGGCAAGCUCAACGGCAUGGCGGCCAGCGCGAGUGCGGGGUGCCGCAUGAUUGCGCCUCCCAUUGCCGGCCUGCUGUACACGUACGGCACCAAGAUCAACUGCUCGGGCCUCGCGUGGUACGGCAGCGCCGUCGUCGCCGUCAUUGGUGCUGUGCAGUGUUUUGCCGUCCCUCGCCAGAGGUGCGACGACGGCGGCGAGGAGGCUGGGCGGGCCGACGUGGCCAAGCAGCCGACGAUUGUCGUGACUGAGGUCGACGAGCGCAUGUGA